AUGUUUUACUCGAUAGUGAUUCGCUCGCUGACUUUCCCUAUUACCACCUUCGCAUUCCCUCGAGACACAGCAAUCGAUAAGCAAGUCCAGCCUACUCAUGUUGUAACGGCAGAACCACCGGGCAUCACUGAGGAAGGAUCCCUUCGGUGCUUUGAUGGAGCUACUGUCCUGCAUACAACAGAUUGUACGAUGGGCACACCAGUCUCCUUCUGCUACAAGCCUCAGUCACCGAUCACCUGUGACCAAGGAUAUUUCCCUUCAGUGUGGCAUCCCGAUCACUGUAUGCAGGAGUCGACUUGCUUCCCUACAGAUGCAGACUGGAUCACCACCGAAUGCUCCAACGGUGCGUUGCCCAUCUCGACUGAAACACUAUACAGUGGAAAAUUGGUCGGAGGAGAUGACGCCAUGAUAACUUCUGUCGCUUGUUCGUGCCCAUCGGAUCAAUGGCAUAGCGUUACUACCAUGGACGGGGCUUCUAGCUUCGAGACGUACUGUAUGCCUACCCGAUCAUGUCCACCUGGUAUGACAACGUCUUUGAGCAUUAAUGAGUACUGCGCAACUACUUCGGCAGCCAUUUGCUCAGAUUUACCAGCCCAGGCAGAUCGUUGUGAAUGCGUGGGCCAGGAAAUGACACCUCGAUAUCCUGAGGGUCCCGGUGCGACUGCUACUGGGUGUGAUAGCACUUAG